AUGCACUCUCGGCAACUACUUGUUUAUGCCGUUGACGCUCGCACGCCUGGUGAUAUCCAGGCCGCCAUCAUCUUUGCUAAGAAGUAUAACAUCCGUUUCGUCGUUCGCAACACGGGUCACGACUACAAUGGCCGUUCCACUGGUGCUGGCGCGAUCUCUGUUUGGGUUCACAACAUGAAGGGCGCCAAGGUCGUCGACUGGGCCGACAAGAACUAUCAGGGCAAGGCAGUCACCGUCGCUGCCGGCGUUCAGGGUUUUGAGGUUAUGGACGCUGCCAACGCCGCUGGCCUCGCCGUCGUGGGCGGCGAGUGCCCCACCGUCAGUCUUGCCGGAGGAUACACCCAGGGUGGAGGCCAUUCGGCCCUGUCGACUGGCUUCGGUCUCAGCGCCGAUAACGUUCUCGAGUGGGAGCUUGUCACCGCGGAUGCCAAGGUCGUCAAGGCCAGCCGUACCGUGAACGCGGACCUCUACUGGGCGCACCCUGAUGCUGUCUUUGGUGGCGCCACCGUCGCCUUCUUUGCUGCCGAGAACGAUGCGACUGCCUUCUACAAGGCUAUCGAUGCAUUCCACGAGGAGCUUGCCGCCAUGGUCGAUCCUGAUACCAUGGUUGUCUACUACUUUGCGGCCGCCUUCUUCCAGAUUGCACCCAUCAACGCCUACAACAAGACCGAGGCGGAGAAGCUUACCCCCGGUGGCGGUGUGUGCCAGAACGAGGCCGACUUCCGUCAGCCUCGCUGGCAGCAGGAGUUCUUCGGUGCCAACUACAACAACCUUCUCUGCAUCAAGAAGGAACGCGAUCCAGAGGGCUUCUUCUAUGCCCUCAAUGGUGUCGGCAGCGAGGCGUGGACUGUCGCCAGCAACGGGCGUAUGUGCAGGGCUUAG